AUGGACACCCGCUUAGAAGAAGCAUUGGCAAGCGCCGAUGGGAUAGGAACAUUGCACCAGGACGUCGACGAAUCAACCAUUGAGCCUUUCAGCUCAGAGGCUUUGCAGCCUCCACGGCUACCGCCGGCGUCGGAGCGUGAAAACUGCGCCCUCACCCCUCACAGUGGCAAUUGGGAACAUCAUGGGCCCGGAUCCUGGCUCUCCAUCUGCUCAAAACCAGGGCUUGCUUGGGUAUCUCAAGCGGUUGGUUCCAGCGACUUUGGCGAGAGUGCAAGAGACCUGGUCUCCACGUGGACACGGCGUCUGACUAUGGACAUGAGUGCCUUGGCUCCUCAUCCAAACUCGGAGCCGGAGCCGGAAAUGGCAUGGGCAUUUGUCAAUGCAUAUUUUGACGAAUCCUUUGAAUCUAUCUACGGUGUUGUGCACAGACCCGAGUUCGAGGCCACACUCAGUGCUUGGCUUCGUGGCGAGUCGAAACGCAACGUGGACGUAGUCUGGCACGCACUGCGCAAGACCAUCUACGCAGCCGGGUGCACCAUAUACCUGCCCAAACACUCUACCUUGAGUUACAAAGAGAUUCAAUCACAGGCCUGGGGUUAUUUCCAGCAGGCUCUAUCAUCCCUCGUCCAGAUUCUUUUCACGCCGAAUGGAAUUCUCUCCAUACGCUGCAUAUUGGCCAUGACAUUCUUUGCUGGUGGGCUGGGCUCACCAUCACUUGAAUAUCAGCUUUGCUCAAUGGCGGUGCGACUGGCACAUGCCAAAGGGAUACAUCGACAGUCUGGGUCGGGAUGGAGUUUGUCUGCAGACGAAGCCAAGCAAUGCAAUUGGCUCUUCUGGGCAGUUUAUUGCUGCGAGAAGCAUAUAGCCCUGCGCUCUGGACGGCCUUCGUUGAUCGAUGACGACGAGAUUAGCUGUCAGGUCCCGAAGGACGCAUGCCCCGGAAGCACAAUCGAUGUUCCCGCGCUUGUCGCUGUGAUCCAGCAAGCUCGUAUUCUGUCUCAAGUGGCGAAGAGGUUGUUCUCUUUCCAAGCCCUCCAGCGGUCCUCCCCGGUUCUGCUAGAGGCGGUGCGUGAUCUGGACGCCCAACUACGGGGCUGGAGAAACUCUCUCCCUGACGAUUUGAAACCACCAGACACCCUUGGUUCAUUCUCGAUCGUCGAUAGGAGGCGCCUGUGCCGGCUGGUCCUGAUCUACUAUGGAUACUACGGUGGUCUGACUUCGAUUCAUGCCGCAUUUGCUUACCCCUGGAUCAGCUCGACUCUCUUUGGCCAUGGCCGGAUGGGUGAGGGCAUCCGCGAGCAAAUCAUGGCAAGCUCCGAAAUCGUCCACGGGGCAGCGAGGAACAUGCUGGUCAUAGCCAAAGGGGUUGAGAUCAAGCCAGACGCUUCGCAAUGGGCUGCGUUCUACUUUCCGAUGCUAGGCCUGAUCAAUGUCUUCAUCUACGUGCUCAAGCACCCGCAUGGAGCUUCCACUUCUUCCGACCUUGCGUUGCUAGACAUCAUGGUCGGGUACUUUGCGAACAUGCAAUUCGUCACCGAGGGCGAUAUGAGCUAUCCAUUUGCCCGUGAUGUAGCCAACCUUGCAAGGCGGACCGCCCAAAAAGCAGCAGAGGCGGAGAAGAGAGACAUUCGCUCAGGGCCGGAUUCUGACGACAAUGUGGCGCUCGGCCGUCAAGAAUUCCAAUUCCCCGACAUGGUAAGUGGCCCCAUCUGGCCGUGA